UGUUCUAUUUUAUUUGAGAAGAACGUUAUGGUGAAAUUUCUUGUAAAUCGCAACACAGGACGGAAAUCAACUAUGUUGCUAAGAUGGUUGAAUAGAAUAUUCCAAAGCAGAGAUAGGGCGCCACUGCCCACUCUUCCAUUCGAUCUUGUGGCGGAGAUUCUGUGCCGGCUUCCUGUAAAGUUACUCGUGCAGCUUCGCUGCCUCUGCAAGUCCUUUAAUACUCUAAUAUCUGAUCCCAAAUUUGCUAAAAAGCACCUUCAAAUGUCAACCAAACGUAACCGCCUAAUGUUAAGAUCUACCAACAACUUAGGUAAGUUAUUUCUCUAUGAUUCUCCAAUCCAAUCUAUUUUUUCAACUUCUAGGGUAAAGCAGACACAACUCAAUUAUCCAAACAGACUAAUGAAUAGUCACUCUUGCGCAUACUCAUGCGACGGUAUCGUGUGUAUCGCUAAGACCAACUUUAAUAGUUGUGCUGUUUUGUGGAACCCUUCCAUUCAAAAAUUCAAGAUAUUGCCUCCUUUGGAAACUUCACCAAACAGAAGAGCCUAUAUUUCUUUGUAUAGCUUUGGGUAUGAUCAUUUCAUUCGUAAUUAUAAGACUGUUGUUAUUUCCUUCGUCACGGACAAUUCCUUCCGCGCGGGCAAAUAUGAAGUCCGUGUUCUUGCGCUGGGUACAGAUUCUUGGAGAAGGAUACAAGACUUCCCAUAUUUAAAUACAUCUAGUAAACCGGGAGUAUUUAUGAGUAGCACCGUUAAUUGGUUGACACAUGAUAAUUUAAGAAUUUUGAUUGUUUCUCUUGAUUUGGAGAAUGAGUCAUAUCAAAAUCUUUGGACCCCGGUGUUGCCUCGUACGCGUAUUGCUAACAAUCAUGACUUGGGGGUGUUGAAAGAUUGCUUGUGCAUUUUUGCAAAUUGUGAUAUGUUUUGGGAUGUUUGGGUUAUGAAGGAAUAUGGAAAUACAGACUCUUGGACUAAAUUGUACCACGUUCCUUACAUGAGAUAUCGAGGUUUGUGGAUCAACACCAAGAUUUUAUAUGUUACCGAGGAUGACCAACUUCUGAUGAAAGUUCAUGAAUUGGUAAGUAGUAGUAAAGUGAAGUUAGUUGUUUACAAUUCCAAAAGUGGUACUUUGAAGUUUCCUAAGAUUCAAAACAUCGAUUAUUUGAUGGACCCAGAAGUCUACAUAGAGAGUUUGAUAUCACCUUGUUCUAAAUAUUAG